GCCUGCCUAUAUAACAACAGCCCUAUCUACACUCACAAGCAUACUGGACUAAGAAACAUUCAGCAGGGAAUAUUCACAAAGAGAUAAAGACAACAAAGAUGAAGGUUUUCGUGGUGCUUGCCAUUGUGGCAUUUGCAGGUUGCCAAGCCAACUUGUUCUAUGCUGAUGAGCCCAAACCACAGCUGGAGCAACUGACUGAUGCUUUCUGGGAAUAUGUUGCCAAGGCAACACACACUGCCGAGGACACAUUGAAAAAGAUUAGAGAGUCUCAACUGGGCCAGGAAGUCAACACUAGACUUACAGAAGGUGCUAAUGUGGCCAGUGAGUAUGCUGUCACUCUCCAGAAACAAGUGAGCCCUCUAGCCCAGGACAUCAUAACCAAAUUUACCAAGGAGGCUGAAGUUCUGAAGGAGCGUCUCGAGCAGGACCUGACCACCGUGAAGGACAAACUGGAGCCCUAUGCUGAUGAUCUGAAGACCCAAAUUCAGCAGAGAGUGGAGGAGCUGAGAGUAGCUGUGGCUCCUUAUGCUGAGUCCUUUGACUCUGAAGCUCUGAAAACCACGGUGCUGCAGAAGACCGAGGAGCUCAGGGGAAGUCUGGAGGAGAAAGUGAAGGAGCUGCAGUCCAAGCUGGAGCCCUACACUGAUGAACUCAGACAGAAAGUAGAUCAGCACCUGCAGGAAUUCCAGAAGACCGUGGCCCCUCUGACUGAAGAUCUUCAGGCCAAGGUUGCUGAGAGAGCCACUUUGGUUCAGCAGGGUCUGGCUCCCUAUGCUGAGGACCUGAGAGAGAAACUGGACCCCUAUGCCCAGAACCUGAAGGACCAGCUCACAUCUCUUUAUGAAUCCUUUACCAAGACUAACUAAAUACACCAUUUUUCACUUAUUGGACUGUGUUUUCACUAAUGAAAACUACCACACUGAAAUAUUAAACAUCAAAUGUUCAGUUCUAUAUUAUGGCAUCUGACAACUGUCUUUUCAAACAAUUUUUCCCAUGACACAAAAUAUGUCGAACAGCACACUGUGCCAACCAACUAAAUAAAGCAGUGAAUUCCUACUUGCAAAGACAUUAACAUUGAAAUAUAAUUGUUUUGUAUUGAUCCAGUGCUGCUAAGGUUUUCUUUGUAGAUUUCUUUGUUAUACAUCACUUCCAUUACUUGUAUUUAUACUAUAAUAAAAUGAUGGCAAACUA